UCGCGAUGAUUGCUGAGCGUUUGCGUUGUUCGGGCGAGCCGACGACGAGACUAUAGCUGUCUGGAAAUUUGUGUCGUGGUUUAGACUAACACACUAUUCAUACGGGAUUUUUUUGUACGCGUGACAAGAUCAUCGUUCCACAUUGUAUCACACGCCACUGUUAGUGUCCCGAAUUAGACUGGACGAUGGCUGCGGCUGAGGUGAACGGUAUCUCCGCUCCUGUGAAGGAGGAAGAAGAGCCCAUGGAUGUGACAUCAACACACACGGAGAACUACCAGACGCUCGUUGAUGCUGGGCUUCCUCAGAAAGUAGCCGAAAGUCUAGAUAACAUCUUCCAGACAGGCCUGGUGGAGUAUGUUGACUUAGACGAAAGGGCCAUUGAUGCACUGCGUGAAUUCAAUGAGGAGGGAGCGCUUACUGUGUUGCAACAAUUCAAAGAGAGCGACCUGUCACAUGUACAGAAUAAAAGUGCUUUCCUUUGCGGAGUGAUGAAGACUUACAGACAGAGAGAAAAGCAAGGAAGUAAAGUACAAGAAUCCACCAAGGGCCCAGAUGAAACAAAAAUAAAGGCUCUGUUGGAGCGGACCGGAUACACCCUAGAUGUCACUACAGGGCAGAGAAAAUAUGGAGGUCCCCCGCCUGAGGAUGUGUUCAAAGGAAUACAACCAGGGAUUGGAACUGAGGUGUUUGUUGGGAAAAUCCCAAGAGAUUUGUAUGAAGAUGAGCUUGUUCCACUCUUUGAGUCUGCUGGUCCCAUCUGGGACCUCAGGCUAAUGAUGGACCCUCUGUCUGGUCAGAAUAGAGGGUAUGCCUUUAUUACCUUCUGCAACAAGGAUGAUGCACAAAAGGCUGUAAAGCUUUGUGAUAACCAUGAAAUACGCCCUGGCAAGUACUUGGGAGUGUGUAUAUCUGUUGCAAACAAUCGCCUGUUUGUUGGAUCAAUUCCAAAGAACAAGACAAGGGAAAGUAUAUUGGAAGACUUUGGGAAAGUUACAGAGGGUCUCCAAGAGGUGAUACUGUACCACCAGCCAGAUGACAAGAAGAAAAACCGUGGCUUCUGUUUCCUGGAGUACGAGGAUCACAAGUCUGCAGCACAGGCUCGCCGGCGCUUAAUGAGUGGCAAGGUCAAAGUGUGGGGUAACCCCGUCACUGUAGAGUGGGCGGAUCCUGUUGCUGAGCCAGACCCGGAGGUCAUGGCCAAGGUCAAGGUGCUCUUUGUUAGGAAACUAGCCACAGCAGUGACUGAAGAGCUCCUUGAAAAAACCUUCUCUCAGUUUGGAAAGCUGGAGCGAGUGAAGAAAUUGAAAGACUAUGCAUUUGUCCAUUUUGAAGAAAGGGAUUCUGCUGUAAAGGCAAUGGAUGAGAUGAAUGGGAAGGAGCUAGGAGGAGAGGACAUCGAGAUAGUCCUGGCAAAGCCCCCAGACAAGAAGAGGAAAGAGCGCCAAGCAGCUCGUCAGACCACCAGGAAUUCAGGGUAUGAUGACUACUACUACUACCAACCCCCACGCAUGCCGCCACCUGGUCGAGGCAGGGGUCGUGGUGGCCGUGGGGGCUAUGCCUAUCCCUCCGAUUACUAUGGCUAUGAUGACUACUAUGAUGACUACUAUGGCUAUGACUAUCAUGACUACCGUGGUGGCUAUGAAGACCCUUACUACGGCUACGAAGAUGUGUACAGCAUGAGGGGCCGUGGCACUCGUCCCAGCAGGGGCGGACCUCCUCCACCCCGAGCUCGUGGGGCGCCCCCGGCAAGAGGUCGAGGGGGCUACGCCCAAAGAGGGCCCCCCCUUGGUGGCCCAAGGGGUGGCCGAGGAGGGCGUGGAGCACCUUUCCAGCCACAGAGGGGUCGCGGUCCUCGCGGGGCCAGGGGCAAUCGUGGCGGUAACGUCGGCGGAAAGAGGAAGGCGGACGUCUUUAACCAGCCUGACUCCAAGCGCCGCCAGACCAACAACCAACAGAACUGGGGGUCCCAGCCCAUCGCCCAGCAGCCACUGCAGCAGGGGGCCGACUAUUCCGGUGGAGAAGCAUUGAGAGCGGCACCAGUAGAAUGAGGAACUCACCUGAACGGUACUUGAGGGUGAGCUAGCCUUGCACAGAGUACUGUCUCCUCUCCUUUAGCUAUGUGUCGUCACUGGAGAAAUACCAGGCAUAAUUACUUGCUCACUGCACCAAAACCCCACCUCAGCUGUCUGCACACAUUCUGUGAACGGAGGGUGGUGAAUAUUUCCCCCUCCAGUGCCACUAGAGGGUAGCAAUUCCACACCAGCACGACUGGCAUUGUGGCAUUGUUCCUUUAUCCGACGUCGCUCUUAUUGGACAUUUUCUGACCUGGAAAGGUACAUUUUUACACAUUAGGCAGUGAAGCUGUUGUUCAAAUGUAUUCAAAUAGAGGCAGGAAUCCGAAAUGAGAAACUGAUCAGAUUGGCUGACGUUGGAACAAUGGCUGUACCUCAAAACAGAUGUGUGUCUCCUCGAAGGCCACCAGAUGGCAGUAGUAGUGCUACAGUGUUCACAUUGGCACAGGUAAGACUGAAAUAGGGAGCACAGGAUUGCAUCAGGAAGCUCAUUCUAUUGCACAUUUUGGUUUGUAUUAAUGUGCCGUCACAUUGGAGUUUCCUUUACAGUUUCUCAUUGCAGAAUUGUAUCUUUUAUUUGCCGCCUCUCUUCGCCAGGCAGCAAAGGAGCAGACCCCAUCCAUGUGAAUGAGUUCACACUAAUGGAAGGGCCUGAUUGGUAAGAUUGUUCAUUAUCUGUACUAAUGCUCAGAAGGUAUCAACCUGUUGCUACUUGAGAUUUUUGAUAAUGAGAACAUUAUAUUUGAUCUCAUGACAUUUUUACUGUAGGCUGGGGUUUAGAUUUCAGAAUAUUAACACUGCAUCAAGUGACAAGUCUGGGAUAUUUUUUCUCAAGAUAUUUUGUGAUGAAAAAGGCCGAACUAUAGGUAUGUCUGAUUUAUGUUGUUGGUGUCAAUGGUCGUGUAAAUGCUAAGAAUUGAUUGACCACGUUGUAUCAACAUGCCCUCGUCUGUGUGGCCUUUUCUAGCUCAGAUUCUGGAGGCCGUGCUCAGCGAGCUGCAAGCCGGCAUUGUCGCAGGGCUCCUCGACCUGCAGAAUGAACCACCUGCUGGACGGCACACCUCAGCGCCAGGGUUCAUGUUUAGCAAACUGCACAGGUGAUGAUUUGAUUUUGGAUUAGUAUCAGAGCAAAUGUAGCUUUGUAUUCUUGAUGCUUGGACCAACUUCUCCAAAACCUUGAUUCAUGAAAAUGCCACAAUAAAAAAAAAAUUGAUUCGAUUUUUCAACAAAAUGUUGUCACAUCCAUUGCUGGGAUUCAUUAUAAUUGUGAAUGCAGUGCAUUAGUCUUGAGCAAUGCUGUUAUUCUAAUGAUUAAUGUCUUUCCACCUGCUCCAGAAGCGUAGCAGGAUAAAGUAGAUGGACAUGUCAUAAUCAAGAGCGCCAUCCAGAGAAUCAAUCAUGAAAAGGGAAAUGAGCUGUUGCUGUUGAUUGUUCAAUACAUGUUAUUACCCAAGUAAA